AUUGAGUUGUUCCGAUCUUCUUGGAUCUCCUGCAUCAACUUACAAUUGUUACCAUGAACCGACCAGGCAACACUGCUGUGCUACUUGUGAAGCUAUAAAGAAAACUAACACGGCGUAUAAAGAUUGUGACUAUGGAGAUAAAAAGUCAUAUUGUGUAGGAAUGUCAUUGCAACUGUGUCGAAAUAACUUUGAAGUUUGCUGUAAAACAUGCCAAGAUAUACGAUUAGAUAUUCCAGGUUGUCCUUGGGGUGAUGAAUAUACUGACUGUACUCAGAGUCAUUGCGCCAAUGAUUUUUCGAAAUGUUGCCAAACCUGUGCCGCAACUAAUACAGCUUUAACGACAGCCGCUACUUCUACGACAUCGACCAGUAAACCUUUAUCGACAGCCGCUACUUCUACGAAAACGACCAGUAAACCUUUAUCGACAGCCGCUACUUCUACCAAAGCGACAGACUCUCUUCAGCAACGGGAACUAUUAAAACUACAGCAAAAACUGCUGAUACUACUACCACGACCAGUGAGCCUGUCGCAAGAAUUUCUACAACAAAUACACUCAUUAUAUUGAAUUUCAUCAUUCAUCAUGUAAUUAUAGGCUUAUUCAUUGGUAUCUGAACAUUAUCUAUUUAGAUCUAUAAUAA